AGGAUAAUUGCUCUGUCAUUCAGUGGAGCGAUCGGUGUGCUUUUCGUUAUUCUUGGCUGUGCUUUGGAGCAAUAUGGGUGUGUAUAAUUUCUUAACAGCCCCCACAAUCUGUGUAUCCGUUUCCAUUAAUGAUUAUUGUAUGUUAAAUAUAUGGGGUUUACCUUUAACUUUCGUACCAUUGAAGCUUUAAACUUUUUGUACCAACUGUUUAUUGCUUGUUUUCUUUUUGCAGAGUGUGGUGGCCAUUGUUUGUAUGUAAGUUAAUUUCUUACUUAUGUUGAGACCUUAGAUUUGUGCGUAUGAUGACGAUGUGAUGACAAAGAUUGCGGUUGUCAAGAAGCUUAGCAUGGGCUAUGGUGUAGAGCACAGGCAUCUGUGAUAAUCAAUAACAACAGUUUAGAAAGAUUUUUGGAUUUGGGGUUCUUUUUGUAGGAACCGAGGCACAGAUUACGUACAACAGAAGAAACAAUACAACCAAACAAUAAAGCCCCCAGGAGAACUCUAUUUUUGGUUUCUUUGAUUCUUUUGUGAUGAGGGUACCGGCAAAAAGACCCAGUUUUUAUUCUAGAGUAGGGUCAUAGAAUUGCAGCUGGGCAUGGUGUGUUAAGCAAGUGUGAGCUAGGGUUUGAAAACCGUCAACCAAAAAGGUACAGGGUAAACCCCUCCCCCUGACCGGGAACUUGUCAGACAUUUUCCAGGUGGGUCUUGUAUGGUUAUCUUCUGUUUAGAAGGAACAUGUUUGGCAAAGCUGUAGUAGGGUUUUGAUAUCAGAUUAAAACAUGUUUAAAAAAAAGUUACUUUCCACAAAAGAGUAAAUACUGUAGAUGGUACUGUUUGGUUGAAAACAAGCUUUAAAGUCAGGAAUCUUUGUAAAGUAUAGAGGCCUCAUAGGUGGGGGUAGAGGGGGGGGGAAGUUGUAUGUAUGUCCCUAGCCUGACGUUUCGCAUUUUGAGGAGUAGGCAAUGCCCUCUAUCUUGUAUUGAAUCCAUCUUUACCUCGUUUGUUGCCAUUAUUAUUAUCUGGUCUUAUGUCGCUGUUUCAAGGGCAUGUCGCUUUUCGGAAUUUGACGCUAGCUGAGCCCCAGUAUAGUAUGCCAUCAACUGAAUAAUAAUACAAUGUAUCCUAAAGAGAGUUACUGUUUUAUUUCAGUGUUCUUUUAUGUACUUGCUCCUGUACCCACUGUUAUAGCCAAACGGUUCUGUGAAGACUUCUCUUCUAAUGCUUCAAAGUAAGUACAGUUUGGACUUUUCAUAAAAGAAAACACUUUAUUGCAGACAUUUCAUUUGGUCGUAAAGUUGCCAAACUUCUUACCAUCUCUACCUCUAUAGUACUGACAUCUCUAUUGUGGACAGUUUGUUUAAUUAGGUCCCAGAGUUGGUUUGUAGAAACGUCAAACUUUAAGUCAUUGACUAAGUCUGUUUGCUUAUACAAUAAAUAAAUUUCUCCCACUUCACAAGUAAACAGGAGGAACAAUAGAACUUCAUUAAAAUUCAAGCAAAUUUGUUUGUCACUCAUAAUUUUGCUUGUAUGCAUUAUCAUCCUUAGCGUUAUCAAGGAAACAGCAAUGUUUUUUACUGCAGGAAACGUGGUCUCUGCAUUUGGUGAGUAUUCUUUGUUGGCUUUAAAAAUUAUUUAAGGAUUCUGUUAAUUACCAACCUUUAUUUGAUGUGUUGAAGUUUGUUAAAAUGCCCCUUUGAUCCAGGAGACUUGCAAUACUUCUAAACUACUAUUUUCACUAGACAGUAACAACAGUAUUCCAUAAAUAUUUCUGGUGUUCAAGGUUUUGAAAGUUUCACAGUAAGCCUGCAAGCCCUUAUUGUUUUACUGUGUGAGGCCCUGCCAGGAGGGGGUCCCAUGUCGCUCGUCUGAAUUUUAAAACGUCUCAUGAUGUUGUUUAUAAAUGCUUGUCGCUUAUUGUGAGCUUUGCCAUCACUGUCGCAACUUGGCCAAGGGAGGUUGUCUCUUGUCGCGAUUUCAUUUUACGUGCUGUAGCUACUUUUUGGGCCAUGUCGCUUGUCAGAAUUUACCGUGGCAGGGCCUUCUGUGUGAAUCUUUGAUCUGGUGUUUUAUCAAACCAGUGACAGUACUCAAUGCAAAUGGGGUAGGUUUGCCCCUUUGAUCAUGAUUAUGUUAAAGGCUACAAAUAAAUAGGUAACUAGUGUAAUAUAUUAUCAAUAUUAUUAUUAGAACUGUGAAUAACUAAGUGCACUUUAAUCUUCUAGGUCUACCCAUAGUUCUUGCCCACUGUGAGAUUGUAAGUACCUUAUUGAAAAACUUGUUUAAAACAAAUUUUUUACAGUGCAUUUACAGUGUAUUCACCUCUGGAAUAAUAACUGUUAUUUCAGUAGUUUAGCUGCAAAAUUGUUUUCCUCUUGGAUUGAUAACAGCUUAAAAUUUAGUACAGUUAAACCCCAUUAAUGCAGACACCGAGGGGGGGAGGGGGGGUAGAAAGUGUCCAUAUUAAUGUAGUGUCCGUAUUAAGCGGGUUUAAUUUAGAGAAAAUGUACUUGGGCUUUCUUUCUCCACGGACAAGCAAACUGUCUGUAGAAAUGAGGUGUCAGUAUUAAUUAAUCAGGUGUCUGUAAGGCGCUGUUUGACUGAACACCUAUUUAACUUAUCACAAUAAUCAUAUCCAGCAAGACAACAAAAAAUUUCUAUUUUUUUUAAGAGUUAGUACAGUGAGCAGAGCAUGUGAGUGCAAGCAAAGUCUCUGCCUCAUGCUUACUUGCACUCACUUCUUUUGCUUGCUCUUUUAUCUCUGAGAAAAGUAAAGGAUUUACCCAGUCUUUCUGACUGAUUAUGGUUAUGUUACAGCCAUGGAUCAACUUAAAGAAUGGAUGGUUUCUAACAAACAUCUUGGUCCUCCUUUUCAGAUAAAGUGGGGAGCAACAGCAUUGGUCCUUUCUGGAAAUGUCUUCAUCUUUGUAACUAUUCUGGCCUAUUUUCUCAUUUUCACUGGAGAAGAUGAUUGGGGAUUUUAA